GGUAGUUCCGGUCUGACCUCCCGUCAUAUCUCCGGUGUAAACAACGCUACAAUGAUGCGACUAUUAACGUAAAUGUAGUAAACACCGUUCUUAUCUUGUAGAUGAUAUUUGUUAAUACGGUUAGAUAUGGUUUGUUACAUCUAUAGUUGAUGUUUUUAACGGCAGUUUCAUAGUUUUGAUACAUUAAGACUUAGUUUAUAAUCGAGGUAUCGCCCGACCUCCAGAAUGUCUCGUCCUCAGAACUUCAGUCUCAGAAGCCCUCGGAAGCUGCUCUAUAAAUCUACGUUAUCGCAGCUAGGUCCAUCACAGAUAGGGCAACGGAUUCAACAUGACAUAAGAAGUAUAUAUAAUAUACUGUCAUAUAUGUCAUCGCAAGCAGUACUGGAGCCAGACCAACCACAGAUAUAGAAAGUUUCCACUACUUAGUCUACUACAUGGCAUAGAAAUGGAAGACAGUGUCCAUGAAGUGAGUCUUUCUUCUGAAGAACUUACCACUUGGUCCAAGAAAAAUUUACAACAUUGGCUUUCGAAACGUGGUUUAAAAAAAUCUGGAAACAAAUCUACUUUGGUGAACAGAAUAAUUCGUACAAUUAAUUUCGGUGAAAGUGAUAUAUCAUCUGAUACUGAUAGCUCAGACGAGGAAAAUAACUUCACAAACUUGCCUAAUAUAAAGGAACUUGAAAAAUGGGAUGAGCUGACUACAUCUAAUAGCCCUCCAGUGAGAGUAGAGGAUGUUCAUAACUAUUUCUUGUUUGAGAAGAAUCCAGUUACAGGGAGAACCAAACAUUGCAACAGACAAUUGCAGAAAUCAAAAAAGUUCAGUAACGAGAACUAUAUAGGGGACAUACAAUAUAAUUCGGUUGAUAGUACAUCCCUUUAUUGUGUUGUUCGUGCAAAAUGCAAACCAAGUAUGCGGCAAAAAGUAGCAGUUACUGAUGGUAAAGUCAGAAGCUAUUACAGCCUUUCGGUGACCUUGACCAAACAGACGGGCAAAAUAAUAUGUGCCACCUGUGACUGUAAGGCAGGACUUUCAGGUGUGUGUAGUCAUGUUGGAGGUCUUCUUUUAACAGUUGUGAAAGUGAGAACAUCGUGUACUUCCACUGGCUGUACUUGGUUGGAACCUAAUGCAAGUCUGACAAGACCACUCAGUCCUAAACGUAUUGCAGAUAUAAAUUUUGAGACAGACUCUACAAAAGAUCAUGCAAUAAAACCAUUUCCUAAUGUAUAUCAGGCUGGUCCAGGUAAAGAUCCAUGCAGUUUUUUCAAUGACAUAUUGAAAGGGUUAAAGCUAGCAAAUCCAUCUAGUGUGUUGUACCGCACAAUGUGUGCUUCAUCUGGAAAUAUAGAUGAGAUUUUGAGUGUUUAUAAACCCAGCUACAUGUACUCUAACUCAGUAGAUUUGUCGUCAACAGUGUGUCAGACUGAAUUCCGAGAAUUCACCAAUAAUUUAAAUAUCUCUGAUAAGCAGUCAGAAAGUGUCAAUAUUGCAACUAGGGGACAAUCUAACAACAAGAACUGGAAAACCAUGAGAUCAUAUUUGUUGACAGCUUCUAACUUUGGAAUGGUAUGUCGUCGUCAAGAAAAAACCCCAGCUGACAACUUGAUCAAACAGCUCAGAGGUUACAAACCUAUUCCAGAAGGUGUCCCCUCAUUACAGCAUGGUAGACGGUAUGAGAAUACAGCCAGAAGAGCAUAUAUUAAAGAACAUGUGACAAAAUGUAGUGGGGAAGUUGAAGUGAAGGACAUGGGUGUUUAUGUCAGCCAACAAUUUCCAUUUUUGGGUGCAAGUGUCGAUGGACUUAUUACAUGUUCUGUGUGUGGCUCAGGUGCUCUGGAAAUAAAAUGUCCAUAUGGCAAAAACUCUGACAAAUGGAGACAUAAAACACCUACAGAAUGUGCAAAGAACAAAUCGUUUUGCUGCGAGUUCAAUCUAAGUGGUGAACUAUCUUUAAAACAUAAUCACCAAUAUUACUAUCAAGUCAUUGGACAAAUGGCUGUGUUGGAACUUACCUGGGCAGAUUUUGUUAUCUGGACAAAGAAAGGAAUCUCUGUUGAAAGGAUAACAUUCGAUGAAAACUUUUGGCAGAGUAAUAUGUUAUUCAAGCUUAAAGACUUUUACUGUCAUGAUUUUGUUGCAGAGCUUUUCACUGAACGCGUUAAACGUGGUUUCCACCUAUAUAAAUAGGUUGGUAGUGUUUGUGACAGAAGUUUCCUGUCUGGUAAUGUAAUUAGCAUUAAGAAAGUUUCAAAUCUUGUAUACAAAUUGCAAUUUAGUUUUUGAUGUUUAUACCUUUAACAUUCUUAAACACCAACUGUGCGUUGUGUUGUGUUGGUGUGUGACAGCAGGUUGUUUGUUAAAAUUUGAAUCACUUUCUGUAUGAUUAAUAUAUUUUUGAAAUAGACAAUAUAUAUCCAUCAAUUGCUUAAAAUAAUGAACAAAUUACGAAAGAAAUCACACAUAAUUCAAUAUUGUGUGCAAAUUUAAGUACAUGUACUUGCAUACAAUUUAACAGUGCAUGUACCAAUCGUAUCUAUAUAGUACAGUAUGACUGACAUGGUGUCAUGCCACAAGAUCUAGAGUAUUGAUAAAGAGAGUCAUCCUAUAGUUCUGAGCAUGGUACAUCCUUAAAUGACCCUGGCUAUUAACAGGAAGUAAAACAAAUCAUUAAACCAAUAUAAAUCUAAAAGAUGUGUAGUAAUAUUAAUCUAGAACUGUUAAAUAUAUAUAUUAAGGACACUAGUAGUAGUACUGCAGACAGCUUAAUUCACUUCAGUAAGGGUUCGUACAAGUUUGUCAUGGCACAACAUAUCAUUAUUAUUUGUUCAGCUAAAUGAACUUCAUUAAUUGGUAGCACAGACUGUAAUAUCUUGAAGUUUUUGAUUUGUUCCAUUUUCAUUUCAACAACAAUCCUAGGAGCAGCUAUUUGUUGUGUUUUAAAAAACUCCUGUACACUCAUCUGACAACUAGAUGAUACAAAUGGUGGCAUAUUUAGACCUAUAUGUGCAGGAAGUAAAUCCCCAACUGUGAAGCCUUUGUCUGCAAGUAUGACAUCUCCAGGUUCUAACUUUGGUAAGAAGAGGUCACCAUCCUUUUGUACUAUAUGCCUAUCUGAUGCAUGCCCUCCCCAAAUUCUUGACACAAAUGUUACCAAACCAUUUGGUGCAACUCCAAUUAAAACUUUGAAAGUGU